AUGGAGUACUCCAAAGCCCUAGCGUCACUGUUCACCAUGCUGGUGCUGGCACCUCUCCCUCUCCUCGUCAAGGCCACCGACCCAGACCCUCUUCAGGACUUCUGCGUCGCCGACCUCAGCGGCAAGCUCUCAGUGAACGGCUUCCCCUGCCAGCCGUCCUCGUCGGCCGGCGACCAGUUCCUCUUCUCGGACAAGAUCGCCACGGGAGGCGACCCGCUGGCCAACCCGAACGGCUCCAACGUGACGGAGCUGGACGUGUCCGAGUGGCCUGGCGUCAACACGCUGGGCGUGUCCAUGAACCGCGUCGACUUCGCGCCGGGGGGCACCAACCCGCCGCACGUCCACCCGCGCGCCACCGAGGUCGGGCUCGUCACCCGCGGCGAGCUCCUCGUGGGCAUCGUCGGCGGCCUCGACUCCGGGAACCGGUACUACUCUAAGGUGGUCCGCGCCGGGGAGACGUUCGUCAUCCCGCGGGGCCUCAUGCACUUCCAGUUCAACGUCGGCGAGGAGGACGCCGCCAUGGUCGUGUCGUUCAACAGCCAGAACCCCGGCAUCAUCUUCGUGCCGCUCACGCUGUUCGGGUCCUCUCCGCCGAUCCCGACGCCCGUGCUCGCCAAGGCGCUCCGGGUGGACGCCAGUGUCGUCGAUCUCAUCAAGUCCAAGUUCGCCGGUGGGUACUGA